GGAAAAAUAGCUAUAAGACGAAUAGUAGGGGGUAUGGCUACACACAAACUGAUGCCAUAACCUCAUCCCAACCCACCAUGACAUACUCUAGUGAUAUUUUGAAAGUAAUCUCUCCCAAACUGUCUACAUUUGGGAGAAGAGUUAACAGCACUGAUGAGAAUAGUUAUACCACGAAAUUACUUCCGUCUGAUCAGGUACCUACCUCUAGAACGACAAUCAGGUAUAGAACUACAACGACUACCGAUGCAAGUCCCAGGGAUAGUAGGAUUCUAACAGGACGUAGAAAAGUCAAUAGGGAAGAAUCCACCACGGAUAGUGACAAAUAUUUGGAGAGGAUACAAGAGCAAAUAACAUUGAGUAGUUCAACUGGUUCACAGAGUUACCAUGAUGCUAGUAAGAAUUCAGAGUACAAAAAGAAACCGUUGAAGAAGGACACUGAAGUGGAAUCGGUGAUAAUUGUAGGGGGGAAACAGAGCCACAUGAAAGAAUCAGCGAAAAUGAAAGAACCAUCAGAUAUAACACAAAAAACUACUGAGUCAUGGGAUGAAAGACACAAACGCUUGAAAGAGUCGGGGAAACUGAGAGAAUCGGUGACACAGAAACCCACCGAAGUGUUGGAAGAUAAGUAUAGCACAAUAAUCGAUUCCUUGUCUAAGGGUAGCGGCAAUAUUCCUCAGAACAUUAUCAUAGAAAGCCAGAAAAACGUCACAAUCAACAAUGAGCCUGGUACAAAUUUGUUGGAUACCGUGGAGAGUAAGGAGACCAAUGAGAAACGAGAGACUAAAGCAAAGGAAGACGAUGAAUCUAAGAAUGGAGGAGAUGUUAUUCCUGUGAUAAUAAAGAAUAGUGUGGUGGGAGAGGGGGUGAGUGAAGUUUUGAACAAAACCAACAGUUUCAGGCUUUCUGGGGAUGUACGACCAAACAACGAGAGUUUGUUUUCAUCUGGCAACUCGGGAGUGAAUGUUGGCGAGCGUAAAGAGCUCUCAGAUAGUAGUGAAAACUUGGAAAAUUCUGAUAGAAAAAAACUACCUGAUGUGAUAGAAGAAAAUCAGGAAAUUAAAAAGAAAAUUCACAGUCUGAAAAAACCAACCAGUGGUGGGAAAGUUGAUGAUGGUUUUGAUGACAACACAUCUUCAGCUGUUCCCACUCUUGAACUUAAUAGAACAACCGUUGGCGGAGAAUCUGGGGGUGACAAGAACGAAGAAGAGAAUAAAAUCAAGAAGAUUAACGAAUUGCAGAAAACAAGAAUCAUUUCGUCAACAUCUCGGAUAACCAGCAGCUCCAGUAGCAGGCUUGGAUCCAUGAUACAACAUGUAUACACAACUUAUGCUUCGAAUAAUUUGGAAAACAACAUACUGACGACAUCGUCACCUAUGUUCCACGGUUUUACAUCGACCACACCAAGAAUCAAUCAUCACUUCUCGUUCAAAACGACUACAGAACAGUCUCAACCGGCCGAGAAUUUCAUCAAACAAAUUCCUAGUUUCUAUCCGAGGAAAACAUCGCAUGAGUCAUCCACAUCCACUGUGUUGACCACUGAGGAGACGCCCGAGGAUCACAGUAGAGAAGUGACGGCAGAGCAUUCCAGAAAAACUUACUCUACCGACGGGACCAGCUAUUCUAAGCCAGGUCACCCGUUGAGCUCCACAAUGAGAUCAAGCCCCGGUCAGAAAAAUAGUUCCAUGGUCUACAAGACUGCAAAAGACCACUCACAUGCCAGAGACAACUAUGAUGGACUAUUCAGAUGGAACAGUCAAAACCUCAUCGACGAAACCAUCCUCCACAAAAGAGAUGUCCAUCUUGUUUCCUGUCUGGUCGCCAACAACUCAGAGAACAAAGUCAGACAGAACCUCUCCAACCACUUAUGGGAUUCCAACUGCAACAUUCAUCACCUCGGAAACACCUUCAAGUAAUACUUGGUCACCCUUGGGUUACUCCAGUAGAGUUACAAGUAGUUUUGUAGAUGAGACAUCUCCUACAGCUCCAACAAGCUCCACCAGUAGACUUUUGCAAUCAUCCAAAACUUCUGUUGAUGCUUCAGUUUACCCUGAUGCAACAACUGUUCCCACAUUAUCAUUGAGUAUCACCACAGCAGAAUCACCCACCCAAGUAGAUGCUAUAGAGUCUGCCGAAAAAAGUUCCAUCCAGAAUGUAUCUACAUCGAAAUCAUUUUCCAGUAAUUGGGAAACUACAGAUUCAUCAAGCGAUGAACACAUUUCAACAUCAGCUCCUUCCUCGGAAAUAACCAAUACUUGGGAAACUACUUUAAGUACUGGAAACUCUUCUAAUGUUCUACAAAGCAACAUCACCAGUGAAAGCUCAUUGGAGACAUCAUCUCCUCAUCCAUCAUCAGAUGAUGAAAACUUGGAAACAACCAGAACAUUUUUCGAAUCCACAAAUUGGUCCACUUAUGAGGAUGGAAAGAGUACUGAGGAUUUACAGUUUGGUGAUGGGGAUUUGAGAUGGAAGAGCACCACUAGUGCAAAUUCGGAGAGAAAUUCAACUGAAAAAGAGAUGACAACAGUUUCCGGGUAUGGGAGUGAAGAGGAAAUUGGCUCAACGUCAUUUGGUGAUUUCACUACAACUUUAGGGCCUGAAAUUACAUCAAAGUCAUUGGAAAACUCAACCUCGAGAGGAGGAUUUGAUGGCGUAACUCCUUCAAGGUCAUAUCCUACAUCAAAUUCUGCCCACCACGCUUCUUCCAAUUCGAUUUCAAAACAGAAUUCAACAUCAAAACCACAGGAUUCCCUUCAAAACUCAACAUUGAAACCACAGGAUCCCCAUCAAAACUCGACUUCGGAAUCACAGGAUUCCCAUCAAAACUCAACAUUGAAACCACAGGAUUCCCAUCAAAACUCAACAUCAAAACCGCGUGAUUCCCUUCAAAACUCAACAUCAAAACCGCAUGAUUCCUAUCAAAACUCAACAUCAAAACCGCGUGAUUCCCAUCAAAACUCAAUAUCAAAACCACAGGAUUCCCAUCAAAACUCAACAUCAAAACCACAGGAUUCCCAUCAAAAUUCAAUAUCAUUCUUGAGUAACAACCGUACCACAACUACAAAAACUCCAACACAUGAUACGGAGGACUUUUUCGAAACAGAUGAAGAGGAAGUACAUACAACUACUCCGACCUCGACUGAAGGUGAAUUUGAACAAGGCAAUGAAGAAGAGGAUGAUAAAUCGAUUAGUAAUGCACCAACAUCAGUGACACCAAACAAAGAUAAUCGGAUAAAUCGUAAUGAGAGUGUAAGUGAUGCAGAGAUUACAACGGAACGGAAUAAUUUCGUGAUGAAGAUUUCUACGACAGAUAGUCCCAUGUCGACCCAUCCCUGGAUUACAGAUUCUAAAGAGGAGGGAUCGACCACUAUUCCAAUUAGAGUGAAUGACAGCAGUACAACCACUGUACCCACGAGAGUUGAUAUUGCAAGACCAACUUGGCCUGUGCGACCUGUGACCAGUGAGCCAGACCCCGCCACGACGAACCCGCAGUACAUGGGUCUUUCACUGCUCAUCAAAGGAUCCACUCUACAGGAAAUAUGCGAAGCGCAGCAAUCUCUUAAACGAGCCAUCAUAUUCCUAUUCCGUAACACAACUGGCAGGGUACUUGAUGAGGAUCAGAUAGAUUUUCCUAGUUUGACAGCAGAUGAAUGCAAAGGAGCCAGGGCACUGAAGAGUGGUCUGCAUAGCAUCGACUUGAUACUCUAUGAUGAAAAUGGAAACUUCGACGACCAACUCAACAGUGAAUUUAGAAUGCUCUGGGAAAAUAAUGGACUACGUACCAAUAUUGCCAUUCACGAUGUCUACUUGGUGCUUCGUCCAUCAGAGGACGUCCAGACCAGUGGGAUGACAAUCGCAGUAAUCGUCAUUGCCUGUAUUGGCCUCACCUGUAUGCUUCUCUUUUUCAUUCUCAUGAUGAUAUUGAGGAAAAGGCAAAAUAAAUUCAGCUACGGCCAGAGGUGUACCCCUGUAUCCCUGGAUGAUUAUAGCUUGGACAAUAUAUCUGUUUAUAACAGUAUAAGGAGGAAAAACGCCCGAAGAGCUUCAAAACGAUCGUACGGUAAUCCUGCUUUUGAUGAUCCGAGCGCGCCCUCGCACCAGAUCAACUUUGCAGCGCUGGCACAUUUGAGCGGCAACCGGAAGGCGAUGGACGACGAAUUCGACGCGAUUCCGAUGAUCGCUGCGAAAAUGGAUGAACUGCCACCGGGCGCCGAGACGCGCAACCGCUAUGCCAACGUCAUUCCGCUGCCCGAGACCCGGGUGCAUCUCAAGGUCAGGGAGGGUGACGACCCUGUCAACUCUUACAUCAACGCAAACUAUGUCAAGGGCCCCAAAGGAGUCGAUAAAUUCUACAUAGCUUGUCAAGCACCCAUGCAAUCCACAGUUAACGAUUUCUGGAGAAUGAUUUGGGAACAGCAGAGCAAACUCAUACUAAUGUUAACAGAUCUGCACGAAAAUGGUGUUGAAAAAUGUUUCGACUAUCUGCCGCCAUCUGAAGUACUCGACUGUCAUAGGCUUUUCGGCGAUUAUCAGGUGACAUUAAAAAAGCGAGAGGUUCGAGAGAAAUAUGUAAUAUCACAUCUUCAGCUCAAGAACCUUGACUCGAACCUGUGGCGCGAGGUGACCCACCUGUGGUACACGAGCUGGCCCCACCAGGGCACGCCCUCAGAGGGGGCGUCCAUCAUUGCCUAUUUGAUAGAGGCACGCGCAUUCACGCGGAACUCGGCCGGCCCCCAUGUGGUGCAUUGUAGUCCAGGUGUUGGACGUACAGGCACUGUUCUAGCUAUAGAUUUGUGUAUAAGAGAGUUUGAAACGAGCAGACUGGUGGAUGUUCCUAAAACCGUAUAUGGUUUACGCAGAAAUAGAGCAGGGUGUGUACAGACGAAGGACCAGUAUGCCUUUAUUUAUAUGGUGCUCAAUGUUUACGGUACCAAACUAACUGGAGGAGCCUUGGACUCCAUGUGAAUAUUGUUAGAUGUAUCCUCCAUAUAUUGUAUUAUUUACAUUUUGUUAUAUGUUUAUACUGUAUCAUAAUAUUGAAUAAUAUGGUUAUUUAAAAUGAAA